AUGAAGCAAAAUGUCGCUACUACCGGUGUCACGAACGCCACGUGGCUCAAGGACCUUGCUGACUAUCGCAAACAGGCCGAGCUACUCAUAGAAAUGAAAGAAGAGGAAGACAAGGAGGUGGGGCAGCGCCUUUGGGAAGUCGCGACUCGGAAAGUCAAGGAACGUACGAGGAAGAUCAUUGCUCUACGAGCCCUGCGUGCUCGUUGGAAUACCUUGAAAGCAGGGGACUGGAGAAAGGCCGAAACGGCUGAUGGCGUGAGCGACGGCGAGGCCGCACCUGAGGAAGAGAGACCCAACCAGGAUGAUCGUGCCGACAUUGAUAUCAGUGAGAUGGGACAUGGUAUGAGUCACGCAGCUGCUCCCUCAUGUUGGCUAUGCAAGCGACGGCGAGUGAUGGAGAUGGACCUGGGCCGGUCAAGAUAG